CUUUGGUGCGUCGUGCGUGAUACGUAUAACGAGAGUAAACGGGUGUUGAAAACGUCGUAAUAAUUCCGCGGUGCGUCGCAGCUUUAUACGCAAUCGGAUCGAACAAACAAAACACACGGGACUGACGCGGGAUUUUGUGCGCGUGACAAAUUGCAUUUUCAAUCCGCAGCCCUCUUUGCAUUUUUGGGAAAACGACAUCGUCGCGAGAGACGAAAUAGCCGCGUUUCAUUCUCGAGCGGGAAAAGAGACUGUUUAUUUGGUGAAGACUAACGAAAAAACGCGACGAAGGAAUUGGAACGUCAAUCAAUUUCUCACAACCACAUAGACAAUAAUCUUGAAGUGAUACACUGCGUCGAUCUUGUUCUCUCUCUAUAGUCAGAUCAAUAAUUUCCGCAAAUUGUCGCGAAUCAAUUGCGUACAUUAUCGCCGAUGAUCCUUCCCGCUUUGGCGCGUCAACCGAUCGUGAUCAUCGCGCCAUGUGAGACCCGAUAAGGAGAAUUAUCUGAGGCGUCAUCUCGAGAGCGAGAGUCAUCCCCAUUGAUCGGUCCAGAGCGGCAUAGUACAUUUGCGCUAACGCCGCCGCCCUCGCUCGGUGUCUCGGGGAUUCGUCCUCGAUUUUUGACCCGCGUCCGAGGGUGCCAUGACUUGUUUACGCGAACACGCGAGUGCAGUCCUGGAAAUUGUUCGCGGUGGAUCGUCGUUCGCGAGGACCUGAUCCUUUCCGAAGACGAUACUCUUCGUGCAAUUCUCGUUAGUGUUCAAGACAGUUUUUCCAUCGCGAGAACUAGCUGAAAACACAGCUCGUUUCGUAAACAGUGAAUUGUUUUGUACGUUUGGUUUAUUCCCCCCCUCCUCCCGUGUUUUCGUCUAUUUUUGAAAAUUUAAAGGAAAACAUCGCGGUAACUUUGCACACAGUGCCGGAUUUUAGUGCGAGAUAUUUAUGUCAACAAUUAUUGUUAUUUCGUGAUUGUUGAUAAAACUGCCGCUACGAUGCUUCUUGGUGGUUGCCGAUAUUACACCCAAAAUCAAAAUGAACCGUCCACGAGAGCCAAUUGGGGUCUUUACAACUCUUUUCGCAACACAAAUAUGCCGUUGCAGGACAUCACGAUGAGUCAAACCCUGCCAUUAACGAAUGGCGGAAACACAAGAUCCUAUGGUGAAAACUCAUCUGGGAACAAAGAGGGAACAGUUAUGGCACGGCCUAGUGAUGGCGGAGGAAGUUCUAGUAGCGGAAUUGGUUACGGUAGAACCAUGAAAGAGUACGAGGAUCAGUUGAGCAGGUUGCAGAAGGAAAAUUUCCAACUAAAAUUGCGAAUUUAUUUUUUGGAAGAGAAGGGCGUUCCCGCCAACGUCAGUUCCUCCGACGAGACAAACAUAGAAUUGAAGGAGGAGUUGGAAAAAUUGAAGAAAGAAUUGGUAGAGAAGCAAAGUCUUCUCAAUCAGGCUGCCAGAGCUUUGGAAUUGUAUGAGGAGCAAAAAGCAGCAACUGUCCGAACUCAAGAACAAUGUCAACAAUCGCUCGAAGAGGAACGAGAAAAAGUAACCAAGCUCGAGAAAGAAUUAGCGAAAUAUCAAGAAAAGGAAUUAGACUCAUCCGCGUACUACAAGGAAACAUUUGGUAUCACUCCGGAACAGGCGUUGAAAAACGUAGAGAAAUUGCAACAGAUGGAAGAACUGGUAGUUUCUCUCGAAGCAGAGGUAAAGCAGAUAACUGGCAGUUUGGAAGAAGAACGUAAUUGGGCGCAGGAACUUGAGAACGAGAGAGACCAGUUCAAGGAACGGUUAGAGGUAGAGAUCCGGCUGCGGGAGAAACAGGACGGGGAUCGAGUGAAGAGUAUCGAGGAGUUACGUGAUGAAACUAGAGAACUGCGCGAGGAAGUGAAGAAAUUGAAGGAGCAAUUGUUCAAGAAAGAAUCCGUCGUUGAACAGUACAAAAACGAUCUCGCCGAGCAGGACAGGUUGCUCAAGCAGAAAAACACGCUGCUGGAGGAGAAGUGUCGAGCGUACGAAGAAAUCAGUCAGGUGUCCGAAAAGAGAAAAAAGCAAAUCAUUCAGUUGAGAUCGUUUGUGAAGACGCGCGAAGACGCUCUUACGGAAAUCAACAAUAAGCAUCGUGCGUUGUUAUCACAGUGCGAAAAUGGUUAUGGCAAGCGUUCCCCGCCUAGUAGUCCCACGACUAUACUUUCUCUAACGAGCGAUUCUCUAACACCUAUGGGGCUAAGAAUAUCUUGCAUUCAAAAUACAACGAAAAAUGAUGGUGCUUACGAUUGUGAAUUUGGCAAAGAAAAGACAGAGUGGUUGAGCGUGGACAAGGAUACCAAAGAGAUAAGACAUCUGAUAAAAACGCUGGAAGAGAAGGACAACGAAUUGAGACGGAAGGAAGAGGAUAGGAAGCAUUUGAUAUUAAAAUUGUGCAAUACUCAGAAGCAAGUGGAAGAUACGGAACAAAAGUUGAAAAAGUUGGAAGGGGAACAUGAAAAAGCUGUUAAAACCAUACAAGCGUUCGUGGAGCGCGAGCACCAAAUGCGGGACGCGAAUUCCCAUAAGGAACGAAAAAUCCUAGAACUCGAGACGGAGUUGCGCAAGAGAAGAAACAGCCACGAUCUUGUAUCGUUGAGGGAUCUCGGUGUCAAGAACGACGCUGAAAACGAUUCCUGCAAGCAGCAACGCUUCGAAGAAAUGGAAUGCAAGAUUAAUGAUCUGCGGGACCAAGUCGAAUCAAUAAAAGCUGAGAAAAUUCAGCUGGAGAAACGAAUUCAAGUUGAAUCUGAGGAACUUCAAGAACGCCUUCACGAUAAAGAGCAAAGAAUCGAACUGUUGGAAAAGGAGAAGCAGACUAUCACAGAAGAAUUGAAGGACAAGAUUGCCGAGCUCAAUAAAUUGAGACACACCGAGAACGAUGCGGAUGAAGUUAACACUAUCGAGUUGCACGAUGAUACUUCGGGAAGGGACAAACUGCUUGAACAGCUGAAUCAACGUAACGCCGAGAUCGACGAGAAGAAUCGAAAGAUCGAGCAACUGACGAAGGAGCUGCAGAUGACAACUCAGAAUCUGCAGAAGCUAGUCAAUACGGAACUCUGGAGCAAAAACAAGGAGAUCGCCAAACUGCACAAUCAUAUGACAGCAUCGCACAGCCGCAAUAAGACCGAAACCGUCCAGGAAACCGAUAAUUCGCAACUGACGAAUCUGAUUCGCGAAUUGAACGAAAUCGGCGUCAAAGUGACGUUCGCGAACGAAACCGUUCGACUGAAUUACAUGAACAGAAAUGAGACGGUGGACGUGAAGACGUUGGGUGACUAUGUACAGAAACUGACGACUCAGCGGAACGAUCUGGAAAAGGAAGUGGACUACUUGAAGUGGCUGAAGCUCGUGUCGAAACCGGAUAUCGCUUCGGAAAUCGACGAUUGCGGCAACGAGACGGAACGAGUGAAGAAGUAUUGCGACCUGCUUCGUACGCAUCUGAAGGAUCUGGUGAAGUUCAUGAAAGAGAUGCUGAAGAAGGAUACCGAUCGCUCGGACACCAUCAGUAACGAACAGAAGAAGAUUGUGCUAGACGUCUUGCUCCACUCUGAGAUACUAUCGGACAAUUUUGUGCGCGCUCUUGAAGGCAUAUCUAUGCCAGACGGCGUGGUUGCGAAGAUGGUUGACAAGAUUGAAAAUUCUACAAAAAGAAGUCGUUCUGAGAAUGUUGCUGAAACGACGAAGAACGAAGCGUCGCAGUCAGACUCGGAGACAUUCUCGGAACCGGACCGAACCGUCUCGAUGGCUAGAAUCGGUCUGCAGGAGAAGCAACACAAAAAUCUCAACCGUCCAAGAUUCCCGAAGUACACGAAGACCUGUAGCAAUUCCGAAGACUCCGCGGAUUAUGUGCCUUAUUACAAGAGCUAUCAAAACGACCUAAAUGAGUUGGACACGAGUCAUCAAAUACAAGAGUUGAAAGAAACGAAUAAUAUGUUGUAUUCCGAAGUUAGCGCCUUAAGAAACGAUCUGAUUAUGAAAGCUUCCUUCGAUCGCGCAAUUGAUGAGAAAUUAACUCCUUUCAUUUCAAAGCUGGACAAGUCCCAGAGAUUUUGCGAAAAGUUGCAAAUUUCUUUGGAGAAGAAGAUACACGAGUUCCAGAUGUUGAAAAAAGAGCACAAGCAAAAUAGCAUGCGUAAAAUGGAGAAAAAGAUGAGCGACGUCGAGCAAAUGACGUGUGAAAUGAACAAGCAGAAAAUUGAUUUCUUGCAAUAUAAAGAAAAUACCGAAAGAAAGACCACGGAAACGUUAUUAAUUCUCAACAAAGAGAGCGAAUCGUUGCGAGCGAGAAUUAAACAGCUCGAGGAGGAAAACGAAACUGCCAAGGCAACCAUAUCCACUCUUAGAAAAGAAUUGGAUCAUCUCACUCUCUCGCACAGUCAGAUACUUGUGGAAAAUACCAAAUUGACGAACGACAAGUUGAGACUCGAGCAAGAAAUAAGGAAGAUGGAGAGCCGAUACGACAUGGCUGUUCGUACGCUGCACGAUAAAUUCAGCAAAGAGAUAUCCGAUCUCAAUCAGAUCAACGACUUGCACAGAGCGAGAGUGCAAGAACUCGAAACAGCGAAUAAAGAAUUUAGGAGACACAUGGCGGUGUGCGAGGCUAGUGAUUCGGCGCCGAGUUCGAGCGGCGUGUCCUCGAUACCCAUGGAUACCAUGCUCAAGCAAACUUGCGACGACGUGUUGCAAGAAUAUCACCCUUAUAACAACUCGCAGUACUGGCAUCCGACGAACUAUUCUACGAUCGGAGGACGCAGUAAGUCCAGUUGUUCGCCAGAUUUGGGAAUAGAAAGCGAUGCUGCUGUUACCACAAUUACCACAAUUAGGCCUUUAAAAGACACAUUGAAGAUCACGGAGUCUAUGACUAAUUUAUUGAGCGAUGAAGACAAUGGAAAUGGUAACCACAGAGUGCGAGACGCAAACAGCGAAAGUCCAUUACCAAUAGAAGGUCUUGACGAGGUGGAAGCUUUGAAGCAGGAGAAUGAGGUGUUAAAGCGAAGACUAAUGAAGACGAGGAGAGCGUUAGAAGACACGUUUGAACAUUUGUCAGCUUCGAACAAAAAUAAGAAAAAUGUCGAAAAGGCGAUAAUGAAGCAACUUAUGGUGACGAGGAGUAUCUUAAAAAAAACGAGAACAUUCGAUGAACCUCUGGACAAUUAAUAGAGAUUACAGACUGACUGACUGACGCAUUGAGGACUUAUGCACGAGGAGCGCGCGAAAUUGUUACUUGUUGAAUUUAUAUUCUCAUAUAAUGCUCGUUCAUUAAGAUGUAUCGUCUUUUAUCCGUUUUAGAUUUAUCUCUUCUGACACAGACGAGAAGAAAAGAAAACAUACGAUACAUAUCCGUACAAAAGAGUAUGAUAUAUAAUCGUAGGUGUUACAAAAUUUUUAAACAAACAGAUUUCUAAACAAGAAAAAUAUUUUCUUACCGAAUAGAACAUGCUAUUUUCGCUAUAAAAAAAAUAUAUAAUAUAAAACAAAAAUAUAUAAAACAAAAGAGUUUAAAAUGACCCAGUAUAUACAUUGAGAGAUUUUGUGUAUAAUAUGUUUAUAUAUAGAAUACGUAUAUAAUAAUAUGAUCUACGCACGGUUUUGUAGAUUUUCUUUCUUCUUGGAAAAGCUACUUUUCCAGAUGCCGAUAACGGCGCUAUUACGCCGUUAUCCUCGUUCGUUGACAUAUUCUGCUUUACGAAUAACAGAAAUUCGCAUGUGUGUACAUAUUUAAUAUCGCCUGUAUCAUUUAUUAUAUAUAUAUAUAUAGCAUCUGUGUACAUAGUCACCACGAAUAAAGUGCCAUUGACAUUUAG